AUGAGGGAACAUUCUUGCCACUCCGCAGUGUCGCAUGGAUGAUGCGAUAAUCCGGGCAAUGACAGUACUGAGUGCGAUAUGCGUCGAUCACCGACUGAUCAACAGUGGUGAUGGAGAUGGCAGCAAGAUGGAUGGGUUCCUGAUUGUGAUCAGGACGGCGGGACAAGGCGUUGGCGACGCGGUAUACGAGAACGUAUUCUUCGAGGAUGUCCUUGAAGAUGUCGUUCAUCGUCGUCUGGAAGGUGGCGGGUGCCUUGGUGAGGCCGAAUGGUAUCACUGUGAACUCGUACUGAUAGAAGUGCCACCGAAAGGCGGUCUUUGGCUGGUCCUCUGUGGCUACGCGGAUCUGGUGGUAACCGCUACGAAGAUCGAUCUUCGUGAAGAAGCGGUUGCCCGCCAGACGGUCAAACAGCUCAUUCGUGCGAGGCAUGGGGUAACUGUUCUUAACCGUAUAACGGUUAAGGCCGCGGUAGUCAAUGCAAAGGCGGAAAGUUUCGUCCGCUUUGCGAGCAAAGAGGACGGGUGCACCCCAAGGGGAGUUACUGGGUUUAAUGAAACCCAGUCGAAGGAGCUCCUCAAGCUGACGCUUGAGUUUCGUCGCCUCUGGAAUCAAGAGUCGCGAAUGGAGGAGAUCACUGCAGCAAAAGAAAAAUCUGGGCGUGAUCUGGCAAAGAUUCAUGCGCUUGUGAAGAAUGAAAUUGGGUAUCAGCUUAGUAGACAGCAAUUGAAAGAUGAGGUGGAUGGUUCACAUUCCGUUAAGGCAUCGGCAGAAGAGACGCCAGAUGAAGGAGGGGAUUUUUUCGGCUUUUCCGUCCACCUCAACUCAGUUGCAGCUGCACUCUAUGCAUGCACCUUGAUAAUGAUGGACUGUCGGAGAGGAGGAGGAGGAGCGAGUUCACAACACAGCGUAGGGAUAAAGACUGUUGAUGCCAAGUGCCAUCCAGUACAACCAGCCCCACCAGGGAUGAAGACGGAUCCAUCACCCGCAAGGUUGCAAUCAAGCUUACAGCUACAGAUAGGCCAUGAGAGCAAACCAGUUGCAGCUGCAAGUCUUUCUACAAAGCAACAGCCACCAGCAUCAAACAACAAAUUAUUGGAACCAGUUCCAAGUCCCAGAGGGCCUAAGUCUACCGAUUUGUCUGUCUCGAACGCGGCAGCAGCAUCUGGCGCAAGUGCCGCUACAACUGCAGCUGAAGUACACCUGUCUUUAGAGCGAGCGCUUCGCGGCUUUCGUCGACAUCCUGAUCCGUCACCUGCUGGAGGGGCUCGCAUGCCGGGUAAACAUCAUCAUCAGUCUCCACUCCGCGUGAUCGAAGCACCUAAUGAAAUACAUAACAAGCAGACUUCCCAGCCAGGGGUUGAUUUUGCAGACCUCACGCCUGCAGUCUCUGACUCUGGAGUAUCGAAAGAGUUGAAACAUUCAUUACCAGAAACAAGAGCGAUUGCUGGGCGGAGCGGUGGGCCGCCUUCUACAGACGGUGUUAAGGCUGCUGCCAGAGGGGCACAAGCACUCAUCAAAACCUCUUCGGCAACCUAUAUCGGUCACGCGUUCCAGCAGCACGAGCAGCAGCAGUUUGUUUUAGGCCAGGGUCUACUAAGUGCCUACAGCCUGGCCCUCGAUAGUGAGGAAACAAAGGUGGGAGCAAUUAGCAUUUCACAACCAAGUGAGAAUGGCCACACAAGCAAACCCUUAAGAUCUCAACCCGAGAAGAGCAGCGAUGGUCGGCAGAUGGAACAAGCAUCCGGAAAAGCUGCAGACGAAGGGACCGCUGCAGCAGCUGGAGAGAAAUUCGAUGUUCAAGGAGGUGACAUUCUGCAAGAGAAAGUGCACGUGCUUGUGUUGAUUGCACGCAAGGUCCUCUGGCGGAAGUAUUCUGCAAAUGGUAUGGUCUAGGUUUCCCUUUUUCCAAGAGAAAGAGAAAAGAAAGAAGAAAGAAGAGAAAAAAAGGGGCUAGGCCCCAGUAGUAAUUGUAUCCACCAAUUACCAGCUGUCCUAGCUCAAUUGGUACACCCCUGAAUUGUUGAAAUACAGACCUGCGUUCAAGCUCCACUGGGAAGCAGAUUCGUAGAGUCUGGGGGGCUCACCACACCACUGUCGAAAAUGCAAUUUUCGCCACACAGCCUUUCGGAAAUGAAAACAAAAAGUACCAAGGAGA